AUAUGAAACAAUGAAUUGUUGAUUUGCUACUAAUUUUUUUUUUUUUUUUCGUGUACAAAUAACUUUUCGAGGACAACUCUUGUCCUCUGCGGUUACUUAUCAGGAAGAAUCAAUCGAAUGUAACAUUCGACGCAUUUUAUUUUCCCGCGAUGAUUUUUCAACUUAAUCUAGUUUCGCCCAUGUAGGCCAAUGACGGACCCCGCGCAUCCUUCAAGCUGUGAUGAGAUUCGAUCGUUCCUCGAUAAGUUAUUAAAGAAAUCGAUCUUUUCCUUGAUACAAACUACGAGCAAGAAUGCGCUCAGUCCACGAUUGCGUUUCGACCGGGCUUGACAAACUUCCGGUUUAAUGCGGUAAUAAUGAAUCGGCGAAAGUAAUGAACUCAUAUAUCAUUGAACGAUGUCCUCGCUUAUAUAUCGACCAGUUGGCGCGACUGGCUCCAAUACGAUCUGUCGAUGGACAUGAUUUCCGUCUUCUUCCUCGCGUGGAUUUUAAAUUCGGGUGACGCUUUCGGUGACUUCCCGUCGCUGAUAUCCGCCAACGCCUCGAUGGCGGUCAUCAUCGACAAGAAUUUCUUCGACGACAAGGUCGAGUAUCGCGACGUGAUGAAAAAUAUUCACGGUCUCAUCGCGUCAAUUACGAGGGAAGAGAUCCAUACGAUUGACAUUGAUAUACAAAUCAUUCGCGGAACGAAAAUAAAUUUCCGAGAUUACACGGUGCUUUUAUCCGUGACAACGUGCCAUCAAAUGUGGAGCCUUCACGAUGCAGCGCGUAAAGAAGAGCUCAUACAUUUAGCGAUAACAGACGAGGAUUGUCCACGGCUUCCCGAUACGGAGGGUGUGAGCAUUCCAAUAAUAUUGCCAGGUCAAGAAUUAGCCCAGAUUUUCUUCGACAUAAGAUCGACCGACGCUUUGCUCUGGAACAAUGUCAACAUAAUACACGACGAUACCUUUGACAGAGACACGAUCGGCCGAGUCACGAAAGCCCUAUCGACCGCGUUGCCGAACAAGAAAUUUAACAUGGUCUCCAGAGCGUUGUUUACUUUUAAGUACUCCGAUUCCGCAACUACCAGAAGGUACUACAUAAAAGAUUCACUUGAGAAUUUCCACGUGGACCAAUUGGGAAGAUGCUUUCUUGUAAUCGUCACGAUAGACACGGCGUCUGACGUUAUGGAAGUUACAAAGACCUUAAAUAUGGCCCUGCCCGACAGCCAGUGGUUAUACAUCAUCACUGAUAGCGUAGUACGAAACUCUACGAAUAUUACCAUCCUCACCGAUUUACUGUCGGAAGGCAGUAACAUGGCUUUCAUUUACAAUGCAACGGACAACGACACAUAUUGUAAUGUCAGUUUAAAGUGCCACAUCCAGGAGUUAGUUGCGGCUUUCGUUAAUGCUUUGAAGAUAUCAUUGAUGACGGAAAUAGAAUUGUUCAGUCAUUUAAGUGACGAGGAGUUUGAACUCGUCCGAUUAAAUAAAGCCGAAAGACGUCGGGAAAUUCUCAAAAAUAUAAGAAUAAAGCUUAUCGAUGAAAAUUUCGCUACUGGCGGCGUUUGCGGUAAGUGCCUGUUUUGGCGAUUCGCCUCGGCCAUAACGUGGGGCAACUUCUUUCUUCACAGCAAGAACGUUGCGCACUUGAUCGAAUCGGGAACGUGGAUACCCGGUCUAGGUUUGAAUUUGACGGACGAAAUUUUUCCGCACGUAGUGCACGGUUUCCGAGGGAUCAGCCUACCAAUCGCCACGUAUAACAAUCCACCGUGGCAAACCAUCUCGUUGAACAACGCCGGUGAAAAGGAAUACGGCGGGCUGGUUUUCGACGUCAUAAAAUAUCUAGGGAAAAAAUUGAACUUCACUUACACCGUUCUCACCCCGGCGAGCAAUCGGGCCGUCAAGUUCAUUCGUAACGAGACUGCCGAUGUGGUGUUAGCGUCGACAACGAGAGAAAUGCCACCGCAGAUAAUAGACAUGGUUCUGGAGAAGAAGGUUCUUCUUGCAGCCUGCGCGUACACCGUGAACAAUUUCGGAAGGGGAAAAGUCAAUUUUACCUUGCCAAUUUUUAUGCAAACGUAUAGCUUCAUGACUGCAAAGCCGGGCCAACUUUCUAGAGCGUUGCUGUUUACCGCGCCCUUCGCCAAAGAGACGUGGGCCUGCCUGGCAUCAUCCAUUAUUAUAAUGGGCCCGAUCUUGUACCUGAUUCGCAAGUACAGUCCAGACAACACGGAGACGUCGGGACUCAAUUCCUGCUGGCAAUGCAUGUGGUACGUCUACGGGGCCCUUCUUCAGCAAGGGGGAAUGUACUUACCCCAUUCCGAUAGCGCUCGUCUGCUGAUUGCUGUCUGGUGGUUGAUCGUGAUGGUCGUGGUAGCGACCUACUCCGGAAGCUUGGUCGCGUUCCUGACAUUCCCGAAUAUGGACGCCGCUAUCCUGACCGUGGACGAUCUUAUUGCUCAUAAAAAUAGAAUAACGUGGGGCUUUCCUAAUGGCAGCUUUUUAGAGGAGUAUCUAAAGAAUUCCGAAGAGGAAAAAUAUCAUAUUCUUCUGGAACGAUCUAUAAUUCACAACGAGACGACAGCGUCGAAAGUCAUUGAGAAGGUGAAGGCGGGCAAACACGCGUUGAUCGACUGGAGAAGCACGCUGAGAUUCUCGAUGAGAAGCGACAUGUUAUCAACCGAUGGGUGCGCCUUCUCUUUGAGCUCUGAAGAAUUUAUGGACGAGCCCAUAGCGAUGAUUAUAGCACAAGACAGUCCUUAUAUGAAAAUCAUCAACUUCGAGUUACACCGCAUGCACGAGUCCGGAUUAAUGAACAAGUGGAUAGCGGAGCAAAUACCGACGAAAGACAAAUGCUCGGACAGCAUCACGACUCAGGUCAUAGAAGAGCGCAAAGUAAACGUCGCCGAUAUGCAGGGCAUAUUUUUCGUACUUUUCAUGGGCGUGACCGGAUCGAUAUUUCUUCUGUGCUGCGAGUUUUGCUGUCACAAGCGCAAGAUGUCAAAGAGACGCAAGUUGAUUCAGCCCUUUGUCUCGUAAAUGGGAUACAGCGAUCGCUAGAUGAUAGAUUAAACGGCUUCUACUUCCCGCGAAAUAGCUUCACUGUCGGCUGAAACAUCUGCAUGUGCAAUUAGAUUUUAUCGUUGCUUUUAUAUCCAGUGUUAACUGCAGGGACCAUUCUCGCAUGAGCUCCUCGUGCUACAUGCAACGAUGCCACUUAAUUGUAAAUUAUGUACUUAGGCGACACAGAUUUUUCGGCACAGAUUUCUUUAUAGCGGCCUGUAUGUGUUUUACAGUUAAGACAAACUUUAGAAAGUUGAUCAUGGAUGUAAAGGAUAGGUUUUUAUGUUUAGCAAAAUUGUACGAAUUCUAGCCUUGAGGCAGAACCGAUCGUCUUCAGACGUAUUUAUGUAGCGUAGAACCAAUUAAAGAAAAAAGAAAAAAAAAUUGUUCUUACAACAGCUUUUUAAGAAAUGCGUUACACAUAAGAUUACUCUCUAUCACGUAUUAAAAGCAAUUA